AUGGUGAACGAUCACCGCAACAGUCUCGCUCGAAGCCGCCUCGUCGGGCAGCCUCUGCUCUAUGCCAUUUCCAUAUUUGCUAGCUUGGGUGUCUUCCUGUUUGGCUAUGACCAAGGUGUCAUGAGUGGAAUCAUCACAGGACCAUACUUCUCCAGCUAUUUCAAUCAUCCAGGACCAAUAGAGGUCGGGACCAUGGUCGCUGUACUCGAAGUUGGUGCAUUCAUCACUUCCGUCGCUGCUGGCAGGGUGGGGGACAUCAUAGGUCGAAAGGGCACUUUGUUCAUCGGCGCUCUGGUCUUCACAUUGGGCGGCGCCAUACAAACGUUUACGCUUGGGUUUUGGACCAUGAUCAUAGGGAGAAUCAUUAGCGGCUUCGGUGUCGGCCUUCUCUCGACAAUUGUACCCAUCUAUCAAAGCGAGAUAUCCCCUCCCAAUCAUCGCGGCGCGCUAGCAUGUAUGGAAUUCACAGGAAACAUCGUCGGCUAUGCUUCUUCAGUUUGGACCGACUAUUUCUGCUCUUUCAUCGAAUCCGACCUGUCUUGGAGAAUACCUUUGUUUCUUCAAUGUGUCAUUGGAGCCAUUCUGGCGGGUGGUUCACUCUUGAUGCCAGAAAGUCCUCGAUGGCUCAUUGACACCGGGAAAGACACUGCUGGCAUGCAAGUCAUCGCCGACCUACACGGAGGUGACCCCACGAACGAGAUUGCUCUUGCCGAGUUCCAAGAGAUCAAAGACAAAGUUCAAGAAGAGCGCGAUUCUGGUGAAGAUCGAUCCUACGCCACUAUGUGGAGAAAAUAUAAGCGUCGGGUGCUGCUCGCUAUGUCUUCUCAGGCAUUUGCCCAACUUAAUGGGAUCAAUGUCAUUUCUUAUUAUGCCCCUCGAGUCUUCGAAGAGGCUGGAUGGAUUGGACGUGAUGCGGUCCUAAUGACUGGCAUUAAUUCAAUCAUAUAUGUGCUGAGCACAUUGCCACCGUGGUACCUAGUCGAUCGCUGGGGACGCCGGGCUAUCCUGCUUUCUGGAGCUGUCAUUAUGUCGAUGGCCUUGGUCGCUACUGGCUGGUGGAUGUACAUUGACGUUCCUCAAACCGCCAAAGCUGUGGUAGUUUGCGUUAUUAUCUUCAACGCUGCUUUCGGAUAUAGUUGGGGACCUCUACCGUGGCUCUACCCUCCCGAGAUCAUGCCACUCAGUUUCCGUGCCAAGGGUGUCUCGCUCUCUACUGCCACUAACUGGGCAUUCAACUUCCUGGUUGGCGAAAUCACCCCCUACCUUCAAGAUGUCAUUAAAUGGCGUCUGUACCCUAUGCACGGAUUUUUCUGUGCAUGCAGUUUUGUCCUUGUGUAUCCCGAGACAAAGGGUGUGCCUUUGGAAGAGAUGGAUGCCGUCUUCGGCGAAGGCAAGCCCCCGCCUCAUUCUCAUGCGUCAACUCUAAUUUAG